CAGACACACGUCGUGAAAAAAAUAUUGUUUAUGUUAACUUAACGCUUAAUAUAUACAGUUUAGUGAAACGAUGGGCGCACUUGAUUGUGUUACUAAAGGUGUAUCAGUGACGGACAGUACCGAAGUAUUUAAGAUAUCAUCGAAUUUAACGUUAAACGAAUCGAGACGAGACUUGGAAUCACAGCAGACACCAUCAACUACGAGUCACAGGAGAUUUUGGAAGUGGAGAUUAUUCUGUGAUAUUCCCCUACUAAUAAUUAUAUUAUUGCUGACGGGUCUGUUCGAGUUGGGCGUAAUACCGUCUUACAGAGCUGGCUUCUACUGCAAUGACCCCAAGCUUUCGUUCCCAUUCACAGGGGACACGGUGUCGAUGGUAACAGUGAUGGUUGGUGUGAUAGUAAUCCCAGUUGUGGUGUUUUGGGUGACAGAAUUAUUCUUCGUGGACAGCAGUACUUCAAUGCGCGGGAAGUUACUCCAAGUGACUCGCCGCACUGGAUGGCUGGUCCUCGUGUACCAGUACGGCAUGAUCUUCAAUCUGUCACUGGUAGAGGUGAUGAAGGGCAUCACUGGCAGUCCACGACCAAACUUCUUUGAUGUAUGUCAGCCUGAUACCAAUAGGGCGUGUGGAAAUAGUACCAAUUACAUAACAACCUUCAAGUGCACUUCGAGAAAUUUCUCAACUUACUACCAAAAUGACUCUUUUAGAAGCUUUCCCUCUGGACAUGCUUCUUUAGGUGUUUAUGCUGGAUUCUUCUUAACGUGGUAUCUGCAAGCGCGUGUCUUCAGAUGGAGCAAUCGCUCUGUGCUGUUAGUACCGUUCCUGCAGCUGACCUUCAUGUCUCUAGCCGCCGUAUGCGCACUCACCAGGAUCACUGACAACCGCCACCACUGGUGGGACGUUUUAGUUGGCGUCAUCAUUGGUUUCGCAACAGUUUAUUAUGCCGUUAAGGUGCUCUUUAACGAUUUCUCUUACAUGAAACCAGAUACAACUACUAAUACGUCAGAACAAAACCAAGUGGAGAAGACACCUAUACUGAAUGGAAGAAGAGAAGACGCGAGUCCAACAUGUUAUGGGUAGAGAUUGUUAUUUUAAUAAAAUAGGGUUUUUAAUUAGGUAUGAGCAUUUGAGAGUGCGCUGUAUAGUUCUAUUGUGAAAUUCCAAAUCAUGAUUUGCCAUUAAGGAAGUGUGGACCAAAUGACAUUUGCCAUUACAUUUUAUAAAAUAUUUAGCUGUGCUCACGGUUUCAACUGCGUUACAUUUCAGAAUGUUGUUGAUUUCAAUAUGUUAUAUUAUUGUGUAACUUUCGCGUUUAUAAUGUUAUUAAGAUAAUGAGUUAAAACAGUUUUCGCAUUUUAGCAGUAAACCUCCAUGGUUAUUUUC